AUGUCUGUCACUGGGGUUGCCUUUACUUCAUUCGCAACUAAGGACAUUAGGCCUUUUGAAGAAGCUGUCAAAUAUUAUAAAGCGCUAGGGUUCAAACUUAUUAGAAACUAUACAAGAGAUUUAAACGCUACAAGCUCAGUUAGAGGUGUCAGUCAUGAUUCUUCUAGAGAAGUCUGGCUAGAAUCUUUCAAACUCUCACAAUUUGAAAAUGGUUCCAGAGUCCCAUUACAAGAAUCUAAUAGUUUACAAUCCGAAGGUGUUGUACUCAAAUUAAGAUUAAUUGCACCAGAUAUGGAAAAUCAAGGUUUUGAAACUGAACUAGAAGGUGAAUUAAACUUAUUCACUGUGGAUAUUGAUCAAAUCUCCAAGAUUUUGAAUAUAAAACCAGAUGAAACUAAUUCAAUAGUAACAAAAGAUCCAUUAGGUAACAAUAUUACAUUUGUUGAUUUCCCAACUCCAUUCAAUAAGGCAAUUAAUGCAUCAGUUUUCGGUGCACAAGUUGAUUCAGAUGAAAACGUUGAAACUCAAUCAGCUUCCAAAAAGAAGAAAAUUGCAGUCAUGACAUCAGGUGGUGAUGCCCAAGGUAUGAAUGCUGCAGUUAGAGCUGUUGUUAGAACUGGUAUCUUUUAUGGAUGUGAUGUCUUUGCAGUCUAUGAAGGUUAUACAGGUCUUGUUGUUGGUAAUGAAUUGAUUAAACAAAUGGCUUGGGAAGAUGUUAGAGGUUGGUUAUCUCUUGGUGGUACUUUAAUUGGUACUGCUCGUUGUAAAGAAUUUAGAGAAAGAGCUGGUAGAUUACAAGGUGCUAAAAAUAUGAUUUUAAAUGGUAUUGAUGCUCUUGUUGUCUGUGGUGGUGAUGGUUCUUUAACUGGUGCUGAUUUGUUCAGAUCUGAAUGGCCAUCAUUAGUUGAUGAAUUGGUCUCUACAGGUGUUUUCACCGAAGAACAAGUUAGACCUCAUAGACAUUUAACCAUUGUUGGUUUAGUUGGUUCAAUUGAUAAUGAUAUGUCAGGUACUGAUAAUACCAUUGGUGCCUACUCUUCAUUAGAAAGAAUUUGUGAAAUGGUUGAUUAUAUUGAUGCUACUGCUACUUCUCAUUCAAGAGCUUUCGUGGUUGAAGUUAUGGGUAGACAUUGUGGUUGGUUAGCUUUAAAUUCUGGUAUUGCAACAGGUGCUGAUUACAUUUUCAUUCCAGAACGUGCAGCAAAUAAAGAUACUUGGAAAGAUGAAUUAAAAGAAGUUUGUCGUCGUCAUAGAGAAAAAGGUAGAAGAAAAACUACAGUUAUUGUUGCUGAAGGUGCUCUUGAUUCUGAAUUAAAUCCAAUUACAUCUGAAGAAGUUAAAGAUGUUCUUGUAGAAUUAGGUUUAGAUACAAGAAUUACCACUUUAGGUCACGUUCAAAGAGGUGGUACUGCCGUUGCUUCAGAUAGAAUGUUGGCUACUUUACAAGGUGUUGAAGCUGUUAAAGCUGUCUUAGAUUUAACACCAAAUGAUCCAUCACCAUUAAUUGGUAUUUUGGAAAACAAAAUUGUUCGUCAACCAUUAGUUGAUGCAGUUAAAUUAACAAAAUCAGUUGCAACAGCAAUUGAAAAUAAAGAUUUUGAUAAAGCUAUUAAAUUAAGAAAUACAGAUUUUAUUGAAUCUUAUGAAAAUUUCCAAUCCAUUUCUUUACAUGAUGAUGGUUCUCAUAUCUUGCCUGCUGAAAAAAGAUUAAACAUUGCAGUUAUCCAUGUUGGUGCUUCAUCAGCUGCUUUAAAUGCCGCAACAAGAGCUGCUGCUCUUUAUGCCUUAUCAAGAGGCCAUACACCAUAUGCUGUUCAAAAUGGGUUCAGUGGAUUAAUUCGUCAUGGCUCAAUGAAACCUUUAACUUGGUUUGAUGUUGAAGAUUGGCAUAAUUUAGGUGGUUCAGAAAUCGGUACAAACCGUACUUUACCAUCUCAAGAUUUAGGUAAUGUUGCAUUUUAUUUCCAAAAAUAUAAAAUUGAUGGUUUAAUUAUUGUUGGUGGAUUUGAAGGUUUUAGAGCUUUAAGAGAAUUAGAUGAAGCAAGAUCACAAUUCCCAAUUUUCAAUAUUCCAUUAACUUUAAUCCCAUCAACUGUUUCAAAUAAUGUUCCAGGUACUGAAUAUUCAUUAGGUGUUGAUACAUGUUUGAACUCAUUAGUUAGUUAUUGUGAUGCAGUUAAACAAUCUGCUUCAUCAUCAAGAAGAAGAGCAUUUGUUGUUGAAGUUCAAGGUGGUCAAUCCGGUUAUAUUGCCAGUUAUAUUGGUCUUGCCACUGGUGCUGUUGCAGUUUAUACUCCAGAAAAAAAGACAACUUUGAAAACUAUUCAAGAAGAUAUUGCAUUAUUAAAAGAAAAUUUCUUACAAGAUAAAGGUGAUACAAGAUCAGGUAAAAUGUUGAUUCGUAAUGAAGCUGCUUCAAGUAUUUUCACAACUGAUUUAAUUGCUGAUAUAAUUCAAGAAUCGAGUGAAAAGAAAUUUGAAACAAGAACUGCAAUUCCAGGUCAUGUUCAACAAGGUGGUGCUCCAACUGCUUUAGAUAGAGUUAAUGCAUCAAGAUUUGCCAUCAAAUGUGCAAAAUUUAUUGAAGAAUGGAAUGAAAAAAUUAAUACAAAUACACUUGAUGGUAGUGAUGCAAGUCUUAGAUUCAAAUAUGUUGAUGGUAAAAAAGUCUCUACUGUGGGUGAUAAUGAAACUUCAGCUGCAGUUAUUGGUAUUGAAGGCACAGAUUUAACAUUCACUUCAAUCAAACAAUUAUGGGAAAAUGAAGCAAACAUUGAAUUAAGAAAAGGUUUGAAUGUUCAUUGGGAACAUUUUAAUGAAGUUGGUGAUAUGUUGAGUGGUAGAUUAAUUUUAAGAAAUAGAACAAAAGGUGAAGAUAAUUAA